UUAACUACUUUUUUUAGAUUUUCUCAUUAAUCACAUGCUAUUGAUGUUUUGCAUUCUCAAGCCAAUAUUGCCAGUAAAUUAUACUGGUGUGCAGAAAAAUAUUUACGAUUUACCCUAACAAUCAAAUAAUUAGAUGUAAGCGUUUUCAGCAGUUUUGAAUAGUUACUUCAACGUUCCUCAUCCUCUAUUUUGCGCUUAGUUUAAUAUCCUAGUCAGUUUUCACUCGGCCAUACACUUUUGGUUAUUUUGGUUUGUUCUGUAUGGGAUGUGGGCUUUAUUUUCCAAAAACGCUACUGACUGCAAAAUUAUACAAGAUGAGGAAUCCUCAGAAAAAAUUUGCAGCUCUUUGCAGGAUACAAGAAAAUCUACCACAAUAAACAAAACUGAGGAGUUGAGUGAUGGUGUGGCCAGUUUUUUGGGAAGCCCAAUCAUUGAUCAGUCAUUAGUUGAUCUUGCAUUGAAAAUUCCGAAAUGUUUAUCUGUUUCCCGGGUUCUUGUUUUAUACACCGGUGGUACUAUUGGAAUGAAAUGUGUAAAUGGUUCUUAUUGUUCUGUGGAAAACUUUUUUCUUUCCACGCUAUACAAGAUGCCUACAUUUUGUGAUUCGGAAUUUCAGGUUCAUAUAAACCAAUUUAACAUUGAACACCUACAUCACAGACUAUCAAAAACUAACGUUUCACCUCAUACACGUAAUACUCAUUCAAAAUUUUCAAAACGUGAAUCAAGUUUAACUGAAUCAGACCAUAUACAAACUUAUGCUUUACCUAUUGAUAAAACUGGACAUCGUAUUUUAUAUACAAUUGUAGAAUAUUGGCCAUUAUUAGAUUCAUCUGAUUUGAGUAUGAAUGAAUGGAAGCGUAUAGCACAAGAUAUUUACGCAUUUUAUAAUGAAUUCGAUGGAUUUGUUGUAUUACAUGGGACGGAUACACUUGCUUAUACAGCAUCAGCUUUAUCAUUUAUGUUAGAGAAUUUAGAUAAACCAGUUGUUUUAACUGGAGCACAAUUACCGGUAUUCGAAUUUCGUAGUGAUGGAUGGAAUAAUUUUCUUGGUGCAUUAAUGAUCGCUGGUGGAAAUUAUGCAAUUUGUGAAGUCACAGUGUUAUUUCAUGAUAAAUUAUUUCGUGGCUCUAGAAUAGUAAAAUGUUCAAGUAAUAAUUUUGAUGCAUUUGUGUCACCAAAUUAUCCACCGAUUGCUGAAUUAGGAACUGAAAUAACCGUUAAUUAUGAUUUAAUUUUUCGAAAACCUGGAUUACCUAAAACAUUUUGUAUUCAUACAAAUUUAUGUCAAGAUGUUGCAAUACUAAAUAUAUUUCCAUUAAUAUCUAAAGAACAUAUUAUUUCAAUGUUAUCACCUCCUAUUAAAGGAGUUGUUCUUCGGACAUAUGGAGCUGGUAAUAUUCCAUCUUCCCGUCAGGACCUACUGGAUGCACUAAAAGAAGCUUCUGAUCGUGGUAUACUUAUGGUGAAUGUCACACAAUGUUGGCGUGGUGGCGUUAAAGCAGUUUAUUCAACUGGGAUGGUUCUCAAUGAAUAUGGUGUAACUCCAGGAUAUGAUAUGACAACUGAAGCAGCACUUAUCAAAUUGGCCUAUAUAUUGAGUAAAACAGAAAAUAAAGAUUAUUCCUGUAAACGUGCAAUGUUAUUAAAUAGUUUGAGAGGUGAAGUGACAGUUGAAGGAGAAGACUCUAGAGCAGCUAAUUUAUCACUAUAUAACCUAAAUUGUUUAAAUCAAGAUAGAAAUCUUAUGAUAUAUUUCGCCAAAUUAUUCUCAACAGCUUCGUUAGAUGAUUCUGAAGGUAUUGGUUCAAUGUGGGUUCAGCGUAUAGUACCGACACUUGCGUGUUGUGCAGCUGCAUCAAAUAAUUUGUCAUGUUUAAAAGAAAUGUAUCAUAUAAUUGGACAUUUACAGUUAUUUGACACUGAAGGAUGCACACCACUGCAUAAAUCAGCUUUAUAUGGUCAUAUUUCAGCGACAAAAUAUUUAUUAGAAUGUGGUGUAUCAGUUCAUAUUGCAGAUAAAAGUGGAUAUACCCCACUUCUUUGUGCUUUAAAUAGUCUAAUACUGUCUUCUGAAUUAGUACAGUUACUAUUAGAUGUUGGUGCUGUAUUAAAUUCUGAGAGUCAACUUGUCACUAAACUGGUUCAUCAAGCAGUUUCAGAUGGUGAUAUUCAAAGGUUACGCUUAUAUCACUUAUGUGGAUAUUCAUUUUAUAAUAUGGAUGAAGAAGGUCGUUCAGCAUUACAUGUAGCUGUUACACAUCGGCAAUUGAAUUCCAUUAAAUUUCUCAUCUCACCAAUAUAUAAUGACGAAAACCCCCACGAUAAAAAGAUCAAUGUAGAAGAAACAGAACUGGAAUACGGUGCUGGUGUUGAUCCAAAAUGUCGAACAGUAUGGGGUACAAGUGCAUUAGAUGAAGCGAAACUCCGACAUUUCGAUGAUAUUGUUCUACUUCUGGAGAAGUAACAAUGAUCAGUUCAAAUUCUACAUUAAAGGCUAUGGAAAUUAAAGGCAAUAGAUGAUGGUUUUUAAACAUGGUUGAAAUUUCAUUUGAAUAUUCGUUCCAUAACUGGUUUUCUUGCUUACUGAAUACUUUAAUUCACUAUUGUUGUGUUUGUUAGUUGAGUUGUUUCAUUUAUUGUUACAUUCUAUUCAAAUACUUGUUUCAUUUCUUUAGAACUGCACAUUAUCAUUAUUGUUCAGUUACUUUAUUUUCUUUUUGUCAACUUUGAUAUUUCGACUGUUAUUAUGUAUUAAAUAGAAUCUCGAUUUGCCUUUUGGCCAUUCAGUUUUGUUGAAGAUGUUAUUUCUAUAUUUCUUCCUUUACUACUAUAAUUCGAUUGUAAACAGAUUGAUUCACUUAAGUCAACAGAUUUAUUCUUCUUAUUAUUAUUAUCAUUAUUAUUA